AUGCUGCCUGGUCGCAGAGGUCUUCACAUUGUCUUGCAAAAUCUCAAGAGAGCUCGAAUCCUGUGCCUUCGGGUCGAGAACCUUGCCGCAAAGAGCCUCGACCUUCGCGACCUCGCAGAAAUGGUGGAUUCUUUGUGUGACCUCUCGAAUUCGUCGACGGGAUUUCGUACGCUGGCAACGCUCGCGGGUCCACUGCUCGCUAGCACGGCGCUUUCGACGGCUCAUCUAGCUUUGACAGCUGUUGCUGUGUUAAGUGCUAGGAUCAGAGAGGAUGCAGCCGGGAGCACACUGGUGCAAAAGCAAAGUUUAGCAAAGCAAGUACAGAUUAUUACUAGACAGGCGCGCAGUGUGCUCAGUGAGGUCACAAGUGCCGCGUCAGCCGAUGUUCUCGGCCUGCAACAUCUCUACUGGACGUGCCAGGACUACGGCGAGCGCCUUCUUGCCGCAGCACCAGAUACCACUGGCACUGAAAGCACGGUGCCGAUCCAGAUGGCGGAGGACCUCUGGACACGGACUUCGUCCAUUUUCCAGGAGAGCGGGCCGCUCGGCGGCAUCCUCAUGUUCUCUUGA